ACUCGUUUGAAGAUAGCGAGCAGCGCGUCUUGUGACUGGACUAUGAAGCUUCACCUCACGGAAUAUAAAUUGUGAUUCUUCGGCGGUUUCGUUUAAAUCGACCUAAUCUGCCCUGCUGCUGCGGAUCCAUUGAGCGGUGUGUGCACAGGACACGGGGGGAGAGUCUAUGGCAGAACACAUGAUGAUGCCAAUGAACCACGGUCAGGGAAACGCAAGUCUGCAUGGCUACCGGAUGGGCAUGAACGGAGGCCUGCAGGCAGGCCCCCAACAGCACGGACCCCAGCCCGGCCUCCGAGCGAUGCCCAACGGACAAAUGAUGCACUAUGGAGCGGGGCCUCAGGGAAACAUGGAGGCCGCCAUGCGUCAGCGGUCCAACAUGGUCGGACCUAUGAACGGACAGAUGGGCCACCACCAAAUGCAGUCGGCUAACAUGAUGUUUAACAAUCAGGGCCAACCUCAGCAACAUCACAUUCAGCAGCAUCAACAGCAUCAACAACAACACCACCACAUGCAUCAGGUGCAACAACAACAGCAGCAACAACAGCCCCCGCAGCAGCAGCAGCAACAACAACAACAGUACAUGACCGGGGGUCUCACAUCCCAACAGCUUAUGGCCAGCAUGCACCUUCAGAAACUCAACACCCAGUACCACGGACACCCGCUGGGACACAUGAACGGCAACCACAUGGGAAACGGGGCACAGUUUAGGGUGGGUCAGGCCCAGCUGGCCAACAUGCAACACAUGUCUGGACCUGCUCUCGGUUUAAACAAUUUUGAUGCCGAAUUAAUCGACGAAGAGGUUUUGACGUCACUGGUCAUUGAGCUCGGACUGGAUAGGGUGCAAGAGCUUCCUGAACUCUUCCUGGGACAAAACGAGUUUGACUUUAUUUCGGAUUUCGUGAGCAAACAGCAACAGAGCACCGUUAGCUGCUGAGCCUGGAUUGAACGGACACUUAUGGGCGGAAAUAGAGAUGUUACUCUCUUAAUGCUAGAUUUUUGUGACCACUGGCACCGUAUAAACAGGUGACGUCUUUCUGUUCAGAAAUGUGUGGUCAGGCCCUGGUCAGAGGACAACAGUUCUGCUUAUUUCUUGGUGGAUCCCUAAAACGGCGAUCCAUGGGUGAAUGUAAGAACAUUUCAGAACUGUGAACUUGGUGCAAUGUAGACACUCAAUCCCUGUUUGUCUUCGAUGCAGUUUUAAAAUUGUAUUUAUUUAUUAUCAGACGUGUAAACGUUGAACAAACGUGCAGCGAUGACGUUGUUAGAACCUGUGGUUUAUGGGAAAACUUGGUUUUCAUAAUGGGAUUGCUUAACUCAUUUAGACCCAGAACUUCAUGCAUCCAAAAGCUGGAUGAUCCAAAACUGUAAGUGUAAUGUUUUGAUGGAGGGAUGGUAUCUUUUUUUUACCAAGUUUUAAUGCCCCCCCCAAACCACUGCUUGCUCACUAGUGGUUAACGCCUCUCUUGUUACAACUGGUUUGUCUGAGCUUUAGAAUUGCCUUAAAAUCGAGUUGCUUUUAUUUAUUUGUCCCUCCUUUCUUCUCCAUGGUCCAGGAGGGUUUAAACGUGUGUGUGUGUGAUUUGUUAAUAAAGAUGGCCAGGUUUUAACUCCGGCCUAAUUUUUCAUCAA